GACUUUGAUUAAUCGAAAUUGAGAACCGUUUGGUUUUGUGCAAGUUGCGACUUGUUUGAGUUUGGUGGAUUCCAAGCUUGUGAGCUUUGUAUCGAUUGAAUAUUCUCUUCAAUCGUGGUCGAGCAGCUACCCUUUUAUACCAUACGAGCAUUCCCCAGGUGUGGAAUUGUCCGUUGGUUCCGUUUUAUCCCAAUUUCGUAUUAAGAGCGCUUUGUUCUUGAUUCUAGUUCAAUCAAUCUUUGGAUUGAUUGUUUGCUGCGUUACUUUGAUAAAAAUACACCCCCAGGGGCGUAUCAAGUGGUAUCAGAGACGAGUGGGCUUCAGUUUCAUGAGCUUCAGGAAGCUUCAAAAGGAAGAUUUUUUAACUCAACCCACUGCCCAGAACGUUCCCUGUUCUGUUUCCGCGAAACGGAGCUCCGCGCUAUGCUACCUUGACGAUGAAGAAGAGGGAGUGUGGAGACCGGAGAUCGCCACAAAAGUCUUCCACGAGGUUGAGAGAACGACAAAUAGUCAAGAGGAAGCUCCAGAUCAAGCUGAAGUUGAUCGAACGCCUCCAUCGACAAGCUCUCCGGAACUCUGCCAUGUUUCCGCGAAGCAGAGCAUGAGAGAGAACGAAUUAGUGGGAGCUAUGGGGGAUUGGUCGAGCCCAACCAACGAAGCCUAUACCUUCCCCUCGACCCCCAGAACGUCUUUGGUAGAUUCAUUGGAGAGAAACAAACAUGAUAUUGAAGAUUCAAUUCGCGCAAAAUCCCUUCUGUUCACAACGGUGAACAGCUGCCAAAACUCCUUUGGGCAUAUAGCGAUCGAGUGUGAAUCGACGCCAACGACCAACGAGGAAUCAAUCAAGACUAUGCCCAGAAGCUAUUGGGACGAACGAAUCGAGUUGGAGAUGCCUGAGGUAGAAACGCCCAAAUCACAAUCAACAAUUCUGGGUUUUGGGCAUUUGAAAACGGACGACGGCGGGAAAGGAUGGGGAGCUGGGUCGGCGCGAAUGGUGACGAGUCGAGACAAAGGACCGGUUUAGAAAGUCUAUUGGUCAUAUGACGAAGCUCUUGGAAGCAUUGAAUUAGAUUGGCGAGGCCUAAAUCGAAAAUCCCCAAUUUUCUCAAUGAAGAACACAGACCUAACUUUCCAGAAUUGCAAGUUGGAGAGGCCAUCUUUCGAUCCAAUUUGGGAUCAAUUAUCUGAAGUUUUUGACAAGAGGAAAGAUCAAGCUUUGAGGGCAAAGCUUUUUGAAGAGGGAGAGCCUGAUAUGAUCCAAAUUGGCCACUUCUACAAGUCACAAUUACUUGUCAAAGAAGCUAUCAAGGUUGGAAAGAAGAAGGGCAGAAUUUGGCUAAGUCAAAAUCUGUGUUCAGGGUACAUACUUUGGAGGCAUAAUUCUCACAAUUGGCUUUGUGGAAAUUCAAUGUUAAGGGUUUGUUUUGCAGAUAAAGUUGUCAUGUUUCCAAUGGUAUGCUUUUUUGAUCCAGAUGAUGUCAUUAAGGUUGUUUUCCAAGGCCUCAAAGUUGCUACCUCAAAACUGGAAAACUGCCAGAAAAUGGUUCAGUCUGGAAACUGUUUUGUGAAGCCUACUUUGGAGCUUAAUUCGAGGAGUAUGGAUCUUAUUCAAGUCCAAAGGCUUCCACAACAUGAAACUAGGUAUGUUUGUGAACAAAGGGAAGGAGUUGGAUGAAGAAUUGGAGUUUGGGAAGGCCUCGACGAAAGGUGCGAAGUUAGUACGAAGUCACAAAAUUCUGCCUUUGUAAAAACAGAAUUGUUUUCCUUAUUCGAUUAGGAUUAGGUCCUUUUUGCUACUUUUUAGUUCUUAUUCGCAUUAGAUUGUAAUUAUGAGUUGCUUGUACGAAAGUUAAUCCUAGUUAGGCCUAUUUAAACUCGUCUUUUGCAUUGUAAUCGUCAGACUUUGAUUAAUCGAAAUUGAGAACCGUUUGGUUUUGUGCAAGUUGCGACUUGUUUGAGUUUGAAAGUUAAUCCUAGUUAGGCCUAUUUAAACUCGUCUUUUGCAUUGUAAUCGUCAGACUUUGAUUAAUCGAAAUUGAGAACCGUUUGGUUUUGUGCAAGUUGCGACUUGUUUGAGUUUGGUGGAUUCCAAGCUUGUGAGCUUUGUAUCGAUUGAAUAUUCUCUUCAAUCGUGGUCGAGCAGCUACCCUUUUAUACCAUACGAGCAUUCCCCAGGUGUGGAAUUGUCCGUUGGUUCCGUUUUAUCCCAAUUUCGUAUUAAGAGCGCUUCGUUCUUGAUUCGAGUUCAAUCAAUCUUUGGAUUGAUUGUUUGCUGCGUUACUUUGAUAAAAAUACACUCCCAGGGGCGUAUCAUUAAAGAUCAAUUUGUUGAGCAUAGGCCAGAUGUAAGAAAAAGGCUUGACCUUCUUCAUCAAGGGUGGAGUUUGCAAGAUUUUUCAUGAUGAGAAAGGUUUGUUGUUGCAAACAAAGAUGAAAUUCAACAAGCUGUUUGUGAUUCAUCUUGAGUUAGCUGUAUCACAAGUAGCCACUGAAAUGAAUUGCUUGUUUCUGCAAAUCGAUGAAGUUGAGAUGGAUGGUUCUGAAGUGGAUGAAAGUAUUGUUGAUCAUGUAUCAGUGGCAGAUGCAGCAACCACAACACUAGAAACAUGGAAUCACUAUGAGUCUGGUGAAGAUAUUGAAGUAUCAUAACCAAUAAAUGAAGAGAUUGAAGCAUCAAAACAAGCAAAUGCAGCUCUUGUAAUUGCAGAAGGAGGUAUAAGAACCAGUCCUGUUUUUGCAACUCCACCAACUACUGCUAGAUCUCUUGUUACAGCCAUUGCUAAUUACUGUGGCAAGGAAGGCGAGGAGGACUUGGACACUGACCCUGUAGGUCUACCAACUAUUGAUCUAAGGCCAAAUGACAAGGGAAGGUUAAACUGGAUGGAUAGGUAUGAUUGCAACAAUUUUAUUGUGGAAUCAAAGGUGAUGGUUGAAGUUGGAGAUUCAUAGUACCUUGACAAGAUUAUGCAAGAAGAGAGAUGGAGGGAACUCCUGAAGAUAAAAUUCAUUUCCAAGA